UCAAAAGGGGUUAAACGAAAAGGAGAGGAAAAUAUCAGUAUAUGGUCGGUGAUACGGCCGAAUCUGUUUCUUCUCCCACUGUAAACCCUAAUUCCUAAAUCCACAAUUUAUCCCAAUUUUCUUCCCUCUUCUUCUUCGAUUCUUUGCUCAGACUCAUACACAGUUAUACCACCCCUCUCUCUAGCUGAACGCUGUCGAUGAUUGUUCCCUGAUUCCGGUUUCGAGUUCCCACUGCUCGCGUCGAAAAUUCGUGUUGUUCUCAUCGAAUUCUUCACCGACGCUGAAACUGAACUUCAGUUUCGCUCUUUUGGUAAGGGAACACUUGAAUAUUAGAGUUUUGAUCAUUACACUGUGAAAUUUGUAUACAAAUACAUCAAAACAAAGUUUAAUCAGCUUUCGACCUCAUGGCUGGAUUAUUGCUUGGUGAUGUCUCUCAUCAAGGAGCACAUCAAGUUGGUUCUCAAAGAUACUCAGAAGAGAAGCCAGAGGACGGAUCAAGAUGGUAUUUUUCUAGGAAGGAGAUUGAAGAAAAUUCACCAUCCAAAGGAGAUGGCAUAGAUUUGAAGAAAGAAACUUACCUACGCAAAUCAUACUGUACAUUUCUGCAAGAUCUGGGCAUGAGACUUAAAGUACCUCAAGUAACUAUUGCAACCGCAAUAAUCUUUUGUCAUAGAUUCUUUCUUCGGCAGUCACAUGCAAAGAAUGACAGGAGGACCAUUGCAACAGUGUGCAUGUUUCUUGCCGGCAAGGUUGAAGAAACUCCCCGCCCAUUGAAAGAUGUGAUCCUGGUUUCAUAUGAAAUUAUAAAUAAGAAGGAUCCGACAGCAGUUCAGAGAAUCAAACAGAAGGAAGUGUAUGAGCAGCAGAAGGAAUUAAUUUUACUUGCGGAGAGGGUUGUCCUUGCAACCCUAGCUUUUGAUCUUAAUGUGCACCAUCCUUAUAAACCUCUUGUUGAGGCAAUAAAGAAAUUUAAAGUUGCUCAAAAUGCUCUAGCUCAAGUUGCUUGGAAUUUCGUAAAUGAUGGACUACGGACGUCUCUUUGCUUGCAAUUUAAGCCCCAUCACAUUGCGGCUGGAGCCAUAUUCCUCGCUGCCAAGUUUCUAAAGGUGAAGCUCCCAUCAGAUGGGGAGAAGGUCUGGUGGCAAGAGUUUGAUGUCACCCCACGCCAAUUGGAGGAAGUGAGUAAUCAAAUGCUCGAGCUAUAUGAACAAAAUCGAAUGCCGCCUGCCAACGACGCGGAAGGAACUACUGGAGGUGCGACUUCCAACCGGCCCACUGUAAAAGCUCCAACUAGUAACGAUGAUGCUGCAGCCGCAAACAGUAAUUCUCAGACUGGAGGCGCAACUUCAAGACUUGAAACGUCAAAGCCUGCAUCUUCUAAGACUGCGUUUGAUUCAUCUGUCGCUAAUCAGGUUGGGCGCCCCAUCUCUAAUCUUGGUAGAAGUAGCGAUUAUGGGACUACAGAAAUGAAACAUAGGAUGGAAGAUGAUCAACAUCCUGAGCAGGAACCUCUUCCAUAUAAGGAAAACUUACAGCAUGCUCAAGAUGUGAUGAGAUCUCGAUCUGAAAGUGCUGAAAAAGAGCAAGAAAACAACAUUCUUAGAACUGAAACUAAAGAACACGGUGAAUCGAAAGAUAAACAUAACAGCAGAAAUCCAGAUCACAGGGAUGGUGUUGUUAGCCGACCUCCUCAGGAAGCCAUUAAAAAAAUUGAUAGAGACAAGGUCAAGGCUGCAUUAGAAAAACGAAGGAAAGCAGCUGGCUAUAUAACAAAAAAACCAGAUUUCAUGGAUGAUGAUGAUCUCAUUGAGAGGGAACUGGAAGAUGGAAUAGAGUUGGCUCCUCAAAGUGAGAAGAGUAAGCAAGAUAGAAGGCAAAGCUGGUCUAAGCUUUCAGAUAGAUCAGAGUAUGAGAACAUACAUGGGAGACAUCAUCAAGAUCAUGCAGAUGAUCAACCACAUGGCGUAAAGGGUCUGCCAUCAUACGAACCGGAUCCAAGUGCAGUGGAAGAAGGAGAGGUGUCAGAGUUUGAUGACAUUAACAUAGGGCUUCCGUCUCCUAAGUCAAGCAAUCGCAAGAGAAAAGCAGGUAGCUCGCCUGAAAGAGUGGUGGAGGGGAAGCAGCGACAUAAUUAUGGCCCUGGUUCUCACCAUGGUAGCCGUUCAGAUUUUGUUGAAGAUCGGAGCAAGGCCAGCAGGCUAGGCCAUACAGAGAGAGACAGCAAAAGGCAUGCGCAGGAAAACCAUGUUUGAACAAUGCUUACCAUGGCUGUGUGGAUCAGUUAUUAUUUUGAAAUAUUAUCUGGUUCUGCAACUGCUUCAUUAGUGGUCCCAAUUCUGCUAUGGUGAAGCCUCCUUCGCUGUCAAUGAAUCUAUCGGAUGUGAGGAAUUUUACUUGUUUUAAGGACUUACAAACAAAUUCAAUUUGGUUGGAAGGACUAAUGUCAUUUCCAUAAUUUAUGGGCAUUUGGGAAAAACUGUAUCAUAAAAGGUAAGUGUUAUUAUAAUAUAUAUUAGAGUGAGACUUGUAAUGGAAGGUCCAUUUUCCCACAUGAUCGUCCAUGUUUUUGAUGAUUACCCCCAUAUGUGAAAUAAUUAUAGUUACUAUGAUUAAAAUUCUCGGCAGCUAAAAGGGAAGAUUGUUAGUGUUCUGUACUAUGGUUUAGUAGUUUGGAAAUAUUUGAUUUAAUAGCUUUGCUCAGAAAGUUGUUUAA